CGGACGCUCGGAGCUGCCUGGCCUGCCUGGCUUGCCCCCCGGCCGGCCAGUUGGUCCGACUCGUCCCACUCUACUCGCAGCCAGGGAGACACUAAGCCGAGAUGCCGGGCGGACGCAGGGGGCUGGUGGCGCCCCAGAACACCUUCCUCGAGAACAUCAUUCGGCGCUCCACCUCGCAGCCCGACAGCAGCUUCCUGCUGGCCAACGCGCAGAUCGUCGAUUUCCCCAUCGUCUACUGCAACGAGUCUUUCUGUAAAAUUUCCGGAUACAACAGGGCAGAGGUGAUGCAGAAAUCAUGUCGGUGCACCUUCAUGUACGGGGAGCUGACGGACAAGGAGACCAUCUCCAGGAUCGACAUGGUGCUGGAGAACCAACUGCACGACCAGUUCGAGAUCCUGCUCUACAAGAAAAACAGCACGCCGAGAGAAACGCCGCUAUGGCUGCUACUGCAGAUUGCCCCCAUCAAGAACGAGCGCGACCUGGUGGUGCUGUUCCUGCUCACCUUCCGGGACAUCACCGCCCUCAAGCAGCCCAUCGAGACGGACGACAACAAAGGCGGACUGAGCAAAUUCGCCAAGUUGGCCCGGUCCGUCACCCGCAGUCGCUCCGUGCUCGUGUCCCAGUUCUCCUCCCACCUCCCCAACCUCAAGGACACCGCCAAGCAGUCCAACUUGGCGCAUAUGAUGAGCCUGAGCGCGGACGUGAUGCCCCAGUACCGCCAGGAGGCACCCAAGACGCCGCCCCACAUCCUGCUGCACUACUGCGCCUUCAAGGCCAUCUGGGACUGGAUCAUCCUGUGCCUCACUUUCUACACCGCCAUCAUGGUGCCCUACAACGUGGCCUUCAAGAACAAGACCUCGGAGGACGUGUCCCUGCUGGUAGUGGACUCCAUCGUGGACGUCAUCUUCUUCAUCGACAUCGUGCUCAACUUCCACACGACGUUCGUGGGCCCGGGCGGCGAGGUGGUGUCCGACCCCAAAGUGAUCCGCAUGAACUACCUCAAGUCCUGGUUCAUCAUCGACCUGCUGUCGUGCCUGCCGUACGACGUGUUCAACGCGUUUGACCACGACGAGGACGGCAUCGGGUCGCUGUUCAGCGCGCUCAAGGUGGUGCGGCUGCUGCGGCUGGGCCGCGUGGUGCGCAAGCUGGACCGCUACCUGGAGUACGGCGCCGCCAUGCUCAUCCUGCUGCUGUGCUUCUACAUGCUGGUCGCCCACUGGCUGGCCUGCAUCUGGUACUCCAUCGGGCGGUCCGACGCGGACAAUGGCAUCCAAUACUCGUGGCUCUGGAAGCUGGCCAACGUGACACAGUCACCCUACCUGUACGCGUGGAACAACGAGACCAACAUGCCCGAGCUGACCAACGGGCCGAGCAGGAAGACCAUGUACGUGACGGCGCUCUACUUCACCAUGACGUGCAUGACCAGCGUGGGCUUUGGCAACGUGGCGGCCGAGACGGACAACGAGAAGAUCUUCACCAUCUGCAUGAUGAUCAUCGCAGCCCUGCUGUACGCCACCAUCUUCGGUCACGUGACCACCAUCAUCCAGCAGAUGACGUCGGCCACGGCCAAGUACCACGACAUGCUCAACAACGUGCGCGAGUUCAUGAAGCUGCACGAGGUGCCGAAGGGGCUGUCGGAGAGGGUCAUGGACUAUGUGGUGUCCACGUGGGCUAUGACCAAGGGCUUGGAUACGGAUAAGGUGCUCAACUACUGCCCCAAGGACAUGAAGGCCGACAUCUGCGUGCACCUGAACCGGAAGGUCUUCAACGAGCACCCCGCCUUCAGGCUGGCGAGUGACGGCUGCCUCCGCGCGCUCGCCAUGCACUUCACCAUGUCGCACUCGGCGCCCGGCGACCUGCUGUACCACACGGGGGAGUCCAUCGACUCGCUAUGCUUCAUCGUGACGGGGUCGCUGGAGGUCAUUCAGGACGACGAGGUGGUCGCCAUCCUCGGCAAGGGUGACGUGUUCGGGGACUCCUUCUGGAAGGACUCCGCCGUCGGCCAGUCGGCCGCCAACGUGCGCGCGCUCACCUACUGCGACUUGCACACCAUCAAGAGGGACAAGCUGCUGGAGGUGCUGGACUUCUACCAGGCCUUCGCCAACUCGUUCGCGCGGAACCUGGUGCUCACUUACAACCUGCGCCACCGACUCAUCUUCCGGAAGGUGGCGGACGUGCGGCGAGAGAAGGAGCUGGCGGAGAGACGCAAGAACGAGCCUCAGCUGGACCAGAACCAAGACCACCUCGUCAGGAAAAUAUUCUCCAAGUUCCGGCGCGACCGCGCAGCCCACCAACAGCCGUCGCCGAGUCAAGACGUGGAGAGAGGAGGGGAGUCGUUCAGCGAUGGGGGCGGCGGGACCAGCGGCGGCGAGGGCGGCGGCAGGCCGGUGCUGACCAAGCAGUUGUCCAGCGUGGUGGAGAGGGACAGCUCCGAGCCGGAGAGCGGGGGCGGCGAGGGCGGUGGAGGCGGGUCGGGGGGCGGCACUUCUUCGGCGCUGGUGGUGGCAGCGGCCAGGCCCGCCCGGCCCCUCGGGGCGCGACCAUCCAAGUGGGGCCGCCUGCUCGGCUCCAGCUCCCUGGACUCGGGCAGCGAGUCGGCGAGCGGCGCCACGGCCCCACUGUCCGGCCACGGCCCCUCGCUGGCCGCCAUCGGCCGCUCCAGCUCCACCGCGGGGGGCUCCGGCUCUGCCUCCAGCAGCGGGAUGUCUUCUGGUUCGGGGAACAAGGUGUUCCCCAAGCUGCAGAAGGUGUCGGCGCCCGGCUCGAGUUCAGGUGCCGGCUCGGGGCCCGGGCCGCCCGGGAGCCUGCUGCCCACCAUCACGCGCCAGGAGACCAUCGAGGAGGUGGUGGAGCUGGAGGAGCGCGACGUGGGGCGGCCGAGUCCCGCGCACGUCGCCGCAACCCCCGCCCUGCCCGCCCUGCCCGCCCCCGUGGUCCCCGCUCUGACCCUCACUGCGGCGCCCAUCUCGGGCGUGCAGUACAAGGAGCUCAUCGGCAACAUAAUGGACUUCAAGGUGGACGUCAAGCUGGAGGUGCAAAGACUGAACCAGAAGGUGUCUCGCAUGGAGGACAUCCUGUCCGUGAUCGCGUCGAGACUGGAGACCGUGGUGGCGUCCCACACGCCGCACACGCCCGCCAGCACGCACGAGCACACGCACCGCACCACCACCACAACCACCACCGUAGUGGCGCCGCCGACGUCGCUGUCACUGCCUCUGCCCGUGGUGGUGGACACCUCGGCCACGGCCUCGACCGCGGCGGAGAGCCCGGGGGCCGCGCUGACGCCGUCCAGCAGUGACGGCCUCAGCCUGGGCCUCAGCCUGGCGGCCCCCACCCCGGGGAGUGUGAUUCUGAAAAAGCGAAGGAGCAAAUCUCGGACUAAAGCUGCGGCGCCCGCCCCGCCUCCGCAGGGAUCUGCCGCUCAAUUCAAGUGCUCAAUGUUGCAUAAUAAGUUUUUAUUUGUGAUAUGUUGUAAUUUUCCUUUCUUUGCUUCAAUAUUGAGAGUUACCAAAAAUGAUCUGAUGAAACUAGCUGUUGAUUAUGAUGAUUCAUGA